GCACUGUCCAGUCGCGACCGCCCCUCUCUCCCAGCCCAGCACCGCAGCCCAGUGAGCCCCAGUCCUUCAUCCCCAGACGCGGUGGCGGGUGAGCCAUGCACCGGCAGAAUCGACGGCGCACCGCAGCAAACCGAUGACGUGGUGGAUCGCCGGAGCGCCUUGGACCCCCCAAAGCUUCUUAAUGGCAGCCAUCGUGAGUCCACCACCUUUUCCAUCAUUUGCACGCUUUCCGUAUCCUGCCGCGCACAGCUCCUCUCUGUUUGCACUGCCUGAACUGCCAGCACUUUGUUGGGUGAUUUGGCAAUUCCCGCACCGAGACUAGCAAGGUUGCCUGGUCCGCGCGUUUGCUGCGCUGCUGCUGCUUGCUGUGCUUGGUCUGGUCGCAUGACCUGUCGUCGUGAUCCUCAUCUUCGGUCCUGCUGCCCUCGGGGACCCCUGGGUGCCUCGCUACUUGAUCGCACCUGUCGCGCCGUGCAAAUGCGCUCCCUGCACGCACCAGCGGAAUCCUCUCGAGUGUUGCCAAACUGACAAGUCGUUGAUCCGCGCCGCGCGCGCGCCGAAAACAAAUUCAUCAAAAUAGGACACUCCCUGGAUGGUCCAGAUGGCAACACCCAGGUCCCAGCGGCGAGAUACGCAGGACGCCGCCUCCUCGGCCGCCCAGUUCCUCGCCCCGACGGCGACACCCUCGCGACAUCCUACCUCCUCCGACGGGUUUACAGCCGCCUUCUCCGCGCCCGGCCCGAACCCGACCUACGCUGCCUUCUCUCCAGCCACCCUGUCCGGCAGCACCACUUCGGCCGCCAAGCGCCGCAGCACCAUCCUCGUCCACCAAAAAUCCCCUCUGCUGCUGGCCACUCCGCCCCAGAUCACACGCGCCCUCGCCUACAGCCAUCCUUUCCUGUUGCCUCUGAACAAGCUCGUCGGCCUCUUGACAUGGACAACGGAGGACCAGUGGGAGAGCUUCCUGCUCGUCGUCGCCUUUUGGACCACUGUGCUGUACGGCGACGUCCUGGUCCGCGUGGUGGGACCUCUGCUACUGGUUGGGGGUCUGAUUGCCGGCAUGUACGGUCGCCGCUUCAGUCCACUCAGCAGUAGCAGCUGGACCGAGCCCGCAUCGAAAGACGGGGCCGUCGGGAAUGCAGACCAGGUUGUCAAGGCCAAGAGGGCUGCCAAACCCGCUGCGACAAGCAACGGCAGCGCGACAAGGUCUGGAGGAGCCGGAGGUGGAGCUACCAAGGUUGAUGGCACGUCCACCCCUGGCGGUACUGUCGCGGGAGGCGGCGGCGGGGCUGGCCAGGGGCACCAGCGGGCGGGCUCGACGGCCGAGGCAACGAGCACCCGCCACCGCAAGACUCUGGAUGAGAUGGUGGAGACGCUUCGCGAGUUCACUUCCCGCUGCAACAUUCUGCUCGAGCCCCUGCUGGAGCUGACCGACUUCUUGAGCACUCAACGGACCCCGACGUCAGCAACGACCCGCCCAGCCCUUACGGCCCUGCUCAUCAGGAUCCUCCUCUGUACCCCUUUUUGGUUUGCUUUGACGCUGCCCCCAUGGCGUCUCAUCACGGCCCGCCGCGUGGUCCUGGUCGCCGGCACCGUCGCCCUCACUUGGCACGCCAGGGUCUGCUGUGUCGGUCGCACGCUGCUCUGGCGCUCGCGGUCCGUUCGCAGGCUGGCCGCCCUCGUGACAGGGCUCGAGUUCGAGGGCCUCGAGAGGCCGCCUCCUAGCGGAGAUGGCGGCCGCGACCUGUUUGCUGCCUCGGCCAUGGAUCCGGCCGCCACGCAGGGUCAUAUCCACCGCCGACGCGAAUCAGAGCUUACAAAAGCCAUACGGCGGGCGGCUCGGGGCGGGGGCGGCAACGAGACGGGGGUGCGGUUCACAUUCAUAAUCUACGAGAACCAACGGCGCUGGGUUGGGCUAGGCUGGACCUCGAGCCUGUUCACGUACGAGCGGGCGGCAUGGACAGACGAGCGCAACAACCCGGUGCCGCCACGAGACCAAUUUGAGCUGCCCGAGGUUGAAGAUGGCAGCCGCAUGCGCUGGCGCUGGGUCCAAAGCAGCCGCUGGAAGGUCGACGGAGUUCCCGACGACGCCGUCCGGGCAGCUUCCAAGCAGGGUGGAGGAGGGGACGGCGAGUGGAACUACGAUGGCGAGGGUGGCAAGAUGGGAUGGGUGUACUACGAUAACAAGUGGCAAAACGGCCGUCGUGGCCAGGACAGCUGGGGUCGUUGGACAAGACGCAGGAAAUGGUACCGCGAUGCCGAGCUAGUAGAGGUGGAUGAUGUAGACAUCCCGCCAUCCGAACUCCCAGGUGACUCUGCCGCCCCCUCUCAGCAAUCUCCUGCUGUGGAAGGGGCGAAGGGGGCAGCGGAAGCGGCGGGCAAGGCGAGCGGCAAGCAUGGUGGCGGCGGCGGGGAGGACGCGUCCUCGGUGCUGUCGUCUUCAUCGUCACGCUCGGCAGCACCACAAGCAGUCACUACUACCGGCGGAGGAUGGGCGUCUGGAUUCAGGGCCCCGUCACUCCGGCGGCGGGCCACGGACACUUCGACCACGCGGCGGGGUAGGCGCACCAGCAGCGCGGCGGCCAGCAGCCUCGAGGAAGAGCGAGAGGACGCGGCCGCGUCGCUGGGGACCAGCCUCGGCUUGGAGAUACAGGGCGCCUCCAUGGAGCGGGACCAAUGGGGGGUCGGAGACGAACUCAGGAUGGGCCUGGAGUGAUGAGGUUGGAAUCAAUAUUUUAUCUUUUGUUCUUGUUCUUCGAUUUUUUUUUGUUCGGGCCACCGGCCGUUUAGACGUUGGGUUUCAAGAGUCUAUUGGCUCACUGUGUUUGGAUAGAGAUACGGACGACUGUCACGAUCAUGUGCUGGCUUUGGCUACCUAGCGUGGGUUUUCAUGGAACAGGGCAGGAAGGCAUUGAGGACGGGUGGGCUUGGGAUCAUAGCUAGGAUGGGAAGGGCGUUCAGGGAGGCCAGACAUAGUGCCAUUACGGUUCAGGGUGUUACGCUUGAUUUCGCGCCUCUAAUUUUGGGCAGUUAAUACGAUACAGAGCCGCGUUGACCUUG